AUGCAUAUAUUUUUAUUUGUUUUUUUUUUAUAUUGUGUUUUGAUGUAAAGCUAUUGGAUUCUUUUAUUUGUUGUAUUCUGUUUUGUAAUUUCGUUCGCGGUGAUCUCAAAGUUUAGUUUCGGUAUAUACAAGUUUUUUAUGUGAUAAGUUGGGAAUGAGGUGUAAAAACAGAUGUUUGGAGUUGAUUUUUGCUAAUCAUUAUCCAUUUGACUAUUUAGAUUAAUGUCGAAUACAUGGAUUAGUGGAUAGUGAAUAAAUUGAUUGGUUUGAAGUUAAUUACCAUACAUAAAAGGGGCCACGCGAUGCAUGAAACAUCCUGUGUUUACGUCGGGUCGACGGAAGGAUCACACCCUUGCCUAUCAUGACGUAAGCAUCAGUGACUAAUUCAACGGCUCGAACCCCUAACCUGUAGGUCUUAACAUAAUGCAUAUUAAUUAGGGCGUGAAGCAAGAUACCACAAUUGACAUAGAAUGCUUGUGGGCAUGAGUUUUAUGGGGACAGAUUUUCUUAUAGGUCAUGGAGUUGAUUAUAUAUGCUGGUCUUCUAUGAGUUCAGCCAUUCUAGCAAAGUUUAAAGGACAUAUUCUUUGCCGAUUCGGGGUUUUGAUAAAAGAUGCUGCAGAGAUUAUACAUCAAGUAUACAUGUGGGAGGAAUCGGCAUAAUUAAUAGGAAUGUUUGGGAAAUGCUCUGAAUAUAAUUCAUUGUCUAUUUUAAGAUAGAAAUAUGGUUGAGAAAAAAAUAUUUUCUUUUAAUAAUUAAGCCCGACGAGCCCCUCUCUGAUAUCGAAAGAAACCCCUUACCCCUGAGAGGAAGAUGCUGACCGAGAUGGAGUUGGGAGCAAACGUAGAGUUUAUCGUGUUUCGGUGUUGCCAAAAAAACAUCGAGGCAUAAAAUAAAUGAUACAUAUUAUGUGUGAUUUCCCGGGUCGAUGUGUGAGUUGUGAUCACCUUUGUUAAAGUAAACCUUUGCUUUUUCCACACAUAUUGAAUACCCCCGCUGGUUCGUGGUUGGGAAGGUUUUGUUUUAGCAGGAUAUCAAGGAAAUUUUGUAUUUUUUGUGGUGAUUCAAGGGUUUGUGCAUCUUAAUCCUUGAAAAUGGAUUUAUUAAUUUGGUGGCUGCUCUUAUAAAGCGAUAUAACAAAAUGUGCCAAAACGAGAUAGUUUGAUUGAGAAUCUCAGAGGAAAGGUUAACAUAAGAAGUUCUGCUCGGAAAGGAAAUGAUAAACUAUGUCUAGUAGUAUAAUAUGAAAGGCCUCUGCUAGGCUGGUUUUUGUGUGAUAACUAAAUUGGUUUAAGCAUGGAGAUUGAUGAUACUACCUGCUUUUUUUAUAGUGAAAAACUGUUUGUUGAUUCUUCUUUUCAGUCUCUUGUAUCUGCUCUUUGUUGAUAGGUCAUAGACAUAGGCUGGAUUGCUAUGAAGUUUACUAAUUGAAUCCAGAUAUGUUGAUAUUACGUGCUUUCUCCCUUCAAUUUGUAUUGGCUGUAGGUAUUGAAAGAGAAGGGGUAGAUGAACUUUUUAUUAAAUUUUUUAAAACUAAAAAUGGAAAAACAUUUUCUUCUCAAUGUUUCUUGAUAGGACCAAAAAAAACCUUGCUGUUCACCUAUUUGGUUUAGCAAAUAUGAUCGGAUAUUCUGGGCAGAAGUGACCUCAUCUGAUCUUUGUGAGCAGAUAUGUUUCUCUUUUGAAUAAUGUGCAUUUCAUUAGAGAAGUCAUAUGAUUGAUUGAUUGAUCAAUACAGAGAUGAAGUAUGCAUAAAACUUACUAUAUAGAGCAUUAAACUUGAAAAGCUAGUAAUAAACAAGUCUAUAUAUGUACUCGAAGGACUUGUGAGACGUGGUGACCAAGCGUUGAGCAAGCACAUUGCAUACAUUUGAAAGGUGCAUGCAUAUUUUGAAGAAUGGCAGAUGACAUUUCAAGCUUUUGGGGUCCUGUAACAUCUACUAAAGAGUGGUGUGAGCCAAAUUAUGUCCUCUCCUCCUAUAUUGCAGAGUUCUUUAAUACCAUCUCAAAUGUCCCAUGCAUUAUUCUGGCUUUGAUUGGUCUUGUGAAUGCCCUCAGACAGCGGUUUGAGAAAAGGUUCAGUGUCCUCCAUAUGUCAAAUAUAAUACUUGCCAUAGGGAGCAUGAUUUACCAUGCCACGUUGCGGCAGAUGAAGAAGGUAAUCCAUAUUAUUGACAUGAUUACCUAUAAAAUGAAAAUGCAACAGCAAGGUGAUGAGACACCCAUGGUCUGGGAAAUGCUUCUCUAUUUUUACAUCCUUUAUUCACCAGAUUGGCAUUACAAGAGUACAAUGCCCACGUUUUUAUUCCUUUACGGUGCACUAUUUGCCAUUGCGCAUUCACAGAUUCGCUUUGAUAUUGGUUUCAUGCUACAUUAUGCACUAUUGUGCCUUCUUUGCAUUCCUCGCACAUAUAAGUAUUACAUUCAUACAGAAGACAAAUCUGCAAAGCAGAUUGCAAAGUUAUAUGUGGCCACUUUAUUACUCGGAGCUGUUUGCUGGCUGUGUGAUCGUCUAUUCUGCAAGGACAUUGCCCGCUGGUACUUUAAUCCACAGGGUCACGCACUAUGGCAUGGCCUUAUGGGUUUUAACGCGUACUUUGCUAAUACUUUCUUGAUGUAUUGUCGCGCUCAGCAAAGAGAAUGGAAUCCAAAAAUCAAGCACUUCCUCGGAUUUUUUCCAUACGUAAAAAUCCAGAAACCAAAAGUUCAGUAGCACAAGUUAUUAACUCCGAGCCUUGUCUGUAAGGGGGAAAAAAAGUGGCAUAUGAAAAAUGGCGCCAAGGAACAAGUGCCAGCACCCGUGAUUCUUUCUCUUCUCCGUCUUGCAGAAUUUUAUGUAAAUGAAAGUUUGAAUUAGUUUUGGCUUUUGGGUAGUGAUCAAAAUUUUGACUGUAAAAUUAGUGUUCUCCCGGUGUACCAUAUAUUUAUACUCCAACAGAAGUCUGACAUGGACUAACUAGUAGUCUUUUCCUAAUGUUUUUGCUUUUGCAUUUUAGGGAACUGUUUUAACA